AUGGCGAGAGACCGCAGUUCGCUCCAUCAGGCGAUUGCCCAGUUGCUCAAUAAGAUGGAUGACCCUGAUCCAGAUAUUCGUUACAUGCAAUUGAGCGACCUCACCGACAUCCUGAAUCAUGCGUACUCGGAGUAUAUACGGACUGACGCUCAUACUGCCGCACGAAUCAUAGACGGCCUACUCAAGGCUUUGGCGGAUCAGCAUGGCGAAGUCCAGAACCAGGCUCUCAAGUGUAUUGCCCCUCUGGCAGCACGUAUACCGGGCGAGACUAUCGCACCGCUGAUAGACAAGCUUACCGAUCUCGCCAAAAAUGACAUUGACAUCUCCAUCCCCAAUUCCGCAUUACGGGCUCUAAUCGCCUCCUUGCCGCAACCCAAACCAAACGAAGCUCCUGCUCAAGAUGUUAGAGAGGCAUAUGGAGCAGUCAGCAAAGUCUUGAUUCCGAGGUUGGUCGGUCAUGUGGUGUUACCGUCGCCGUCGGGGAGGCCUCCACCGCAGCUGCCGACUGGUCUAUUGGAGAGACAGAAAGACAAAGGCUUCAGCAGCGACGCGGUCGAUGUCAUGAUUGAAAUCGUCAAAUGUUAUGGAUCCCUACUGCAGGACUUGGAACUGGUGGCACUGGCCAAGGCCGUGAUGAACAUCAUCGAGAGUCCACAGGCAGGAGGGGUGGUCAAGAAACGGGCUCUGGCUGGGAUCGGCGCAUUGCUGGUUCACUUCAAUGAUGCUCAAGUUCGAUCUUUCGUAGCAGCUCUCACUGGGAGCUUUCAGAAUCCUCAGCUAACCGUUGAACAUCGGAGAUUUCUUGUCGCGACGGUCGCAACUCUUGCCCGUUCGAGUCCCGUCAAGUUCGGACCCUUCGUCGACGAUGUCGUUCCCCACGUCCUUCAGGUCCUGAGUCAAGAGGAGCUAUCUUCUACUGCGUCUGUGUCGGAGGAGGAUGCCGAGGUCGACCCAGAGAUUGAGGAAUUGCGGGAAACUGCUCUCAUUGCACUCGAGGCUCUGCUUGGAUCGUGUCCGCUUGAGAUGAAACCUCAUUUUGCCAGUGCUAUUGACGCUGCAUUGCGAUAUCUCAAGUACGAUCCGAAUGUUGCAGACAUUGAAGACGACGAGAUGGGAGGGACCCAAGACGAGGAUUCCGAUGACGGCAUUACAGAAGAAGCGCUCGAAGACGAUGACGACGAUGAAUAUGCCGAGCUGGACGAUGACGAUGCUUUCAGCGACGUUGAUGACAUGAGCUGGAAAGUGAGACGUUGUGCGGCGAAGGCCCUAUACACCAUCAUCUCGGGCUCGUCGGUAAGCGACAGAGCCAUGCUUUUCGGCAAGAUCGCACCUACUCUCAUCUCCCGGCUGUUCGGAGAGCGCGAAGACAAUGUUCGAUUGGAAGUCAUUGCAGCCACCACCGCUUUGGUUCGGAAAACGGGAUCUGGUCUGACCGAAUCACUUACCAGAGUCGAUUCUUCGGAAAAUCCAGCAAUGCCAACCAACACUCGCAAGCGAAGACGACAAGAUAGCGAAGCGGACAAGAAAGAUCCAGAUCUCCGAGGUCUCAUAGCCAUCCGGGCUAGCCCUCCGAUCAUCCCAGCAUCUCCGCCCACAGGGUCCCAGGCUGACCUGGUCAGCCUGGUGCCAAAAAUUGUUCAAGCACUUACAAAGUUGUGGAAGAAAGCGAGCAUCGCACUCAAGCAGGCUGCCGUCGUCAUGCUCAAGACUUUGACAUUGGCAAGGAAUGGAAUCCUGUCGGACCACUUGCAGCAGCUGGAAGAUCCCAUCGCAGAUGCUUUGAAGCCGUCGCUGGGCUCAGGAUCCGGCGGUGGAGCAUCUGGUAUCUCGGCGACGGUUGCCAGUCUUCAGAUCGAGACGUUAACCCUGAUCAGUGCGAUCGCGGAGACCAAUAGCACCACUGUCCUGAUACCUUUUGUCAUCGCUCUCAUACCCCCAGUCACGGCCAGUGCUCGUGACAGAAACUACAAAGUUUCCACCGAAGCUCUUGCCACGGUUGAGCAGUUUGUCAAGGCUCUGACUCCACCUCGGCUGCCUACCGCAAACCAAGAUCACGCCAUGCACAUUGAAAAGCUCUGGGAAGUAAUAGUCGACCGCAUCACGGACAAUAACACUGACCUUGAAGUGCGGCAUCGAGCUAUUUCUGUAUUUGGUGUUCUCCUGGCGAGAACAUCCGCCACCGAACUGCUGUCAAACUCAGCCAGGAUUAGAAGUCUUGGAAUCCUGAGUGACAGACUGAAGAACGAAACCACUAGACUGGCGAGUGCGAGAGCAAUUGGCCGUGUUGGCGAGGCCGCCAGCAUUCACGAUAACAUCGGCUCUGCUUGGGUACAAGAAGUUUCCCUGGAGAUGGCCAACCAACUCCGUAAAGCUGAUCGAUCUCUCCGGGGUUCCUGCCUGGAAUCAUUACAAUAUCUUGCUUUGAACCCUGUGACGGCCUCAUUGUACGAAACCACCACGAUUCUGCAGCUCCAAGCCAUGUUGAUGCCUCUCAUAUCGAUCAACGACCUUCACUUACUGACCCCGGCACUGGUCAUCAUGUCCAAGAUCAUCCCCACCAACGCCCAAGCGCUGGUCACCCCGGAGCUGGUUGAUGCGCUUUGCGGCAUUUCACAAACUCGAAUUGAAGGGCCUCCGCUGCGAGCGUAUCUACUCGUCGUGAAAGUCAUCGGAGAGCAUGGUGUUGGGGCGCUGCUCAUGAAAGGACUCCUCACCGUCGGGACCACGGGGGAGACGACGGUUCUGGGCAGGGCCAUUGGCACAUUACUGGUCUAUGGGGGCGACAACCUGAAUAUUGGGAUCUCUGAUUUUCUGAAGGAACUCGAAACAUCACAAGACGUGCGAGCCAUCUGUUUAGCGUUGACGGUGCUCGGAGAGGUCGGGUUCAGAACGGGCCCGAGCUCCCCUGUGAAGAUUCAAACCUUCAUCAACUGCCUCUCCGCCGAAUCAGACAAAGUCCGACUCUCUGCCGCCAUUGCGUUGGGCAGCGCCAGCUCCAACAACAUUUCCGAAUGUGUGCCCAUUAUCCUCCAGAGCUUGACACAGACAUCAGCCUCGGACUACCUUUACCUCCACUCUGUCAAAGAGAUUCUGGAACACUCGGACAGUACCUUGGGAGAAAUGGCUCCGUUUGCGGCCGAACUGUGGCAGAAGCUCUUCGCCGUGUCACAGAUCGAGGACAACAGCGCGGUCGGAGCUGAGUGCAUUGGUCGACUGGCCACAAUUGACCCGAAUACCUAUGUCCCUGAGCUCUCCAAAGCACUGGCUGACCCAAACCCAUCGGUCCGUGGCACUGUCAUCUCCGCCUUCCGUUUCACCCUCGGCGAAGCCAGCAACUCCUACAACAACAUCUUAGUCAAGACCAUGACGCCCAUGCUCCAGAUGAUGCUGAAUGACAGUGACCUGUCUAACCGACGGCUGGCAGUCACCACGCUCAAUGCGGCCAUUCAUAACAAACCCGAACUCGUGAUUCCUGAUGUCGGCCAACUCCUCCCCACGGUCUUGGAGGAUUCGAAGAUUAAGCCUGAACUCGUGAAGCAGGUCAAGAUUGGCCCCUUUACCCACACCGAAGAUGCCGGUCUCGACCUUCGGAAGUCUGCGUACGCGACCAUGUAUGCACUGCUCGAUUGCCCCAGUGCGAUCCCGCACCUCCCCAUCCCCAAAAUCUUUGACCGCAUCUUGGAUGGCAUUCCGGACGACCAUGACAUCCGCACCUUGUGCAUUCUCAUGCUCAGCCGUUUAUCAGUGAUUGAUCCCGACGCAACACGACGGCGCUUGCCCAUGCUUGCGGAGAAAUUCCGGGUGGUCUUGGGCGCCAAAUUGAAGGAGAACGCAGUCAAGCAGGAAAUUGAGAAAGUGAAUGAAGCAAAUACUGCGGUCGUCCGGAUCACGCUGGAGCUGGACAGGAAGUUUCCACAUGUGACCGUCGAAGGUGUCGCCGGGGAGUUGAUCUCGUGGAGAGGCUAUGUUGACUUUGUGAAGCGCGAAUUUGCGGGCAUGGUGAGGAGUGUACAGAUGGAAGGGGUUUGA